GUUAUAUUGAUUCUCUUGUAAACAAAUUAUGAAUCCAUCUGAUGACUUACUUAACGGAACGAGUAGCAAUGACUCUACUACUACUACAAUGAAAAGAUGCUCUGAAGUUGAUCAAGAAGAUACCCUAAAGGAAUCCACUGAUCUCAACAAUGAUGUCAGAAACGAUCGCUCUUUGAAAAGAACUAAAUAUGACCAAGAUACAUUAGUCGAUUACAAGGAAAAUGAUCAACGAAACACGACAGAAAGUCGUUCACCGUCACCACCAGCAACAACACCAUUCAAAAACAACAGCAACAACUCGACUAACCUGGGCGAUGCUUUAUUUGACGAGAAUUACAAUGAGGAAUCUGAUGCAGAUUGGGCUUCAGGGUUUGAUGGGGAUUCUGCAAGUGAAGGCGGUUCAUCACCAGAGUUACUACAUUCUGCAUUACGACUGGAUGAAGAUAUAGAUGUGGAAGAAUCGGAUGAAGAGUCUCAAUAUAUUUUACCAUGGACUAGCUUUACUGAAGAAGAAAUGGAAUCAAUUCAAGAAGAUGCCAGGGAAAUUGGUCUUAUGAAGUUUAUAGAAAAAUACGUCCUUCAGUUAAAGGUACCCGUAGCCAAACUUUUGGAAGUAUUUGGAUUCAUCAUGCAUCCAAAAGCUAUCAUGAUAGCUUCUGAUCUUGAACUUGCUCCAGUGUUACGAACAGUAGUGAAUCGCUUUUUACGAAAACGACGUCGAUUGGAACAUGUGAAUACGUUAGACGAUGUAGUGGAAUUGAUGUCCAAGGCACAAAAUAUCAUGAUUGUCACUGGGGCGGGUGUAUCGGUAUCGUGUGGCAUUCCGGAUUUUCGAUCUGAAACUGGUAUCUACUCAAGACUACAGGAAUAUCAAUUGGAUGAUCCUCAACAAAUGUUUGACAUUGAAUACUUUCGCGAAAGUCCUGAAAUCUUUUAUUCGUUUGCCAAAGAAUUGUAUCCAAGUAAAUAUGAACCAAGUCCAAGUCAUGAAUUUGUAAAAUUGGUAGAAGAGCAAGGAAAAUUGUUACGGAAUUAUACGCAAAAUAUUGAUACUCUAGAGCACAAGGCUAACAUUAAAAACGUGGUCAAUUGUCAUGGAAGCUUUGCAACAGCUAGUUGUGUUACUUGUGGAUAUAAAUGUGACGGGAAAGACAUUGAAGAACAUAUCUUUGCUCAGACUGUACCACCGUGUCCAAAAUGCCCAACACCCAAGCCUUUGAAACAACAUAACAGAAACUCUGAUGAUAGUGAUGAUGAUGAUGAUGGUGACGGAAAUGCUAAAGGAACUUCCAUUAUGAAACCGGAUAUUACAUUUUUUGGAGAAAAACUACCCGAUGAAUUCGACAACUUACUUGCAGUAGAUACAGAUAAGGUGGAUUUAUUGAUUGUUAUGGGAUCAUCUCUCAAAGUCUCACCAGUAUCUGAAAUCAUGACUCAAAUUCCUCAUCGAGUACCUCAAAUCUUGAUCAACCGUACGCCAAUCACACAUAUGACUUUUGAUGUUCAACUGCUAGGGAACUCGGAUGAUAUUGUACCUGAACUUUGCCGACGACUUCAUUGGGAUCUGCGACAUGACAAGCUUCCUGGUGGAAGUGCUCUUUCUGAAGAAAGUAUGCAACUCUCUAGACAAGGUGAUGGUGACUUGAUAGAUUCUACAACAAACGACAUGGAUCAAACAGAUUCUAGAACUUCUGAACGACACAUUUGGAAGCAAUUAGCGGAUGGAUUAUAUACUUUCCCUGGGGCAGUAUUAGAUGAACGUUAUUUCAAUGCACAAAGAUGUGAUGAGCGUGGAAGUAUCAACGAUACUGAAGAAGAUAGUGAUCAAGACGAUAAUGAUAAGCCAAAUGACCAAUCUCUUCUAGAUGCGAAACCAAAUGAUCCAAUAAUAUAGUUUUUAUUUAUUUAUUUGCUUAACCAUAUAGUUAUUGAAGUAGUUAGUGUUCAUAUAUGUAAAUAAAAUGACUUUCUUCCUUUGAAUCUCUA